GCCCUAUCCGCACGGUUAGAGGGAGUGCCUCGGAGAGGAGAGUCGAGGCUCGUGGUUUACGUUUGCGCUCAGCCGCCUCGUUAAAUUCGCUCACUGAGGAUUAAUCGAACUUGGCGUCUCAAGAGGUUCCUGUAAAUGCGGCUCGGCGGCCCUUGACAAACGUGUGAACAUUUGCCAUGAUGGUUGUGGCGGAGUGCAAAUGGCUUGGGCAAGUGCGUCAUCGGAUGUAGGAAAGCGAGAAAACGGGUCCAUACCAAGCCGACCUCUCUAUACUCGUCGUCUCGGCGGGAGCUUAGUCGUUAGCCAUUCCAAAGCCCCUCUCUCCACCGAACUCUCUUCCUAGAUCAGCUACAAGUCCCAUUCACGCUCAUCUCCAUCGCUUCUAUCCCUUCAACCACCACCCUACCUACAUCCCACUUUCGCUACUACUGCACAUCAUCAUAGCUUUGUUCUCGGCCGUCCGAACUCCCACAAACACAGCAAACCCGCCUAGCAUGAGUUGGAAAGGCUUCUCGCGGGGUGUCGUGAGGGCACCCCAGUCGAUAAAACAGAAGUUCAACUUGGGCGACAACACGAAGGACCCAGUGUACCUGGACGCUGAGCGACGAUUCCAAGAACUAGAAACAGAAACAAAAAAAUUACAUGACGAGUCGAAGAGGUACUUCGAUGCCAUCAAUGGCAUGCUGGACCAUCAGAUCGAGUUUUCCAAUGCAAUAGCCGACAUCUACAAGCCCAUCUCGGGGCGGAUGUCGGAUCCCACGUCUUUCAAAGACGAGGGCAAUCCGGAGGGAAUACGGGCGUGCGAUGAGUACAAGGAGAUUGUUACCGAUCUCAAGGCGACGCUCGCUCCGGAGUUGGAGAUGAUCGAGACUCGGGUUAUUCGGCCGGCGGACGAAUUGACGGAGGUCAUCAAGGCGAUCCGGAAGACGGCGUUAAAGCGCCAGCACAAACAGCUCGACUACGAUCGACACCGGGCGACGCAGAAAAAGCUGCAGGAGAAGAAGGAGAAGACCGUAAAGGAUGAGAAGGCCAUGUACAAGGCCGAGGCGGAUGUCGAGCUGGCAACUCAGGAAUUCAACUAUUACAACGAACUGCUCAAGACGGAACUGCCGAAAUUGUUCACGCUGGAGCGAGAGUUCAUCAAACCGCUGUUCCUAAGCUUCUAUUACAUGCAGCUCAACAUCUUUUACACUCUCCACGAGAAGAUGCAGGCGAUCAACAUCGGAUACUUCGACCUUGUGAGCGACAUUGAAGGCCUUUUCGAGAAGAAGCGCGGGGACGUUCAGGAACGGGCCGAAGCCCUGAUGAUCACAAAGUUCAGAACGCAGGGCCAUAAGAUGAAGCUGAGCGCUAAAUUCAACAAAUUCGGGAAAGAGGAGGAAGCUACCGCAGGCCGCCGCCCGGCAUCGAUGGAUUCUGUCCGCCCCGUUCUGAGAGAGACCGAUACCCCUCCACCGCCAUACAGCGCAGCAACAAAACCCACGGGUCUCCUGGCAGGCACCAAAACUGCGUUAUCCGUUCCUGGUAGCGCCGGUGUUGCAAGGAGUAAUUCCACCGGGAGCAAUUGGGGCGCCGCGGCAGCAGCCAAAAAGAAGCCGGCGCCGCCACCGCCGAAGCCGAAGCCUAAGAACCUCAGCGUCGAGUCCGAAAAAGCGACAGCUUUGUACGAUUUCGAGGCGCAAGCCGACGGAGAUCUAAGUUUCUCUGCCGGCGACAUCAUUGAUAUCGUAAAACGGACCAGUAACGUCAACGAGUGGUGGACCGGGAAGCUGCACGGAAAGCAAGGGCAGUUCCCUGGUAACUACGUGAAGAUGAAUUGAUUCCAUCAUUCCCUUUCUUCCUUUUCUUCUUCUCCCAUUCCUCCUUUGGUGGUUUAGAGCCGGGGAGGGUAGGUCUGUGUUUCUUGCAAGCCUUCCGCUUUCACAUUACUCUCUGGGUCGGGUGUCUACGCGUUGUUUGUUUUCUGCAAUUGAAUGUUGCGUUUUUGGAUUGUUUUGGGCUUUUCUCGAGCUCUCCUUUUCUCUGGGUGUGACUGGUUCGUUUGCUUCUUCUUUCCGUCCUUCAUUUGAUCGUGUAUUUGAAGAAUGUAGGUAGAGUAUGUUCGCCUUGCUCCGCUGUAUGUAUUCUAGGUUGUUGUUUAGGGUAGGUGGAUUCCAAAGGUUAUACUUUUUUUUACAGUUCUCAACUUGUCUCCGUUCAUUGGCUUCGCUGCGAGUGUACAUAUGGUUGAUCGAUCCUCCCUGAAGAUGUCUUACGUGAGAGAGAACAUCAAUGUAUUGUCGCAUACGGCCUGUCUAGACUACGGCGACCAGAUG